UAUGUUUUAUACUACAAGUUUUCAAAUCUGCUCAUUCUAGAAAUCAAUCCAUCCAUUAUCUGUACUGCUUAUUCCUGAAUAGAGUCACAGGGGAACCCAAUCCCAACUGACACUGGGCGAAGGGCAGGGUCCACCCUGGACAGGUCGCCGGUAUAUCACAGGGCUGACAUUUAGAGACAGACAUUCAUACAUUCCCAUGGGCAAUUUUAGAGUCUCCAGCCAAACUAAGCUGUAUGUCUUUGGACUGUGGGAGGAAGCCAGAAUACCCAGAGAAAACCUAUGCAGGCACAAGGAGAACAUGCAAACUGUGCACAGAAAGACAAUGAGAGGGCCAGGGCUCGAACCCAGAAUCUUCUUGCUGUGAGUUGACUGUACUAAUCACUGCACGACCACGCCGCCCACAUUCUGUAAAUGUUAUAUUCAUAAUAAAGUCCAUAUAUCUUGCAGGUGCAGUGUUUUUAAAGUACACAUCUGCACAUCAAGACACUGUAUAAUGUAAAUAUAUGGCCCUCUGUAGAGCCAUUUAUCUAACAAAAACUACAAUUCUUCUCGUACCUGAUAAUUUAGGUGUCUAUUUAUUACAUAUAUUUUCCCCUUCUUUCUUAUGAGACAUAAUUCACUUUACUUUUUGGCUUAGCAUACCACAAUUCUCUAGACUUCAUACAGGUGGACAAACAUUUUUAACUCAUGAUCCUCUUAUUAGGUUUUUCAGCAGAUGGAAUUUAUUUUGUUUUCCAUUCUGAAUGGCCUCCUCUUUCUAUUUAUCUAGAGGAUAGCAUUCAUGUAAACCUGGGGUUAAAAAUUCCAAAAAAGCUAGCAAGUGAAUCUUGAAUUUGGAUUUUUUUUUGUUUGUUUAUUGCUUUGUCAGCUGAAGUUUCCAAGGUCAACAAUAAACAGUCAAAAUCCACAUUUAUAACUAUUAUAAUUCUUGCUAAGUAUUUUCAAGUCCAAGGAAUUACUUUUACAAUCAAUUUAUAGGAUUGUUCACUCUGUUAAUUAUGAAUGUACAGUAUAAAUUUCAACAUUUAAUAUGAGUAUCUAUAUUUGUAGUCAGUGCAUGUCUUCAUUUCGACUGGGAAUAUUAAAGAUCUAUCAUAUCAUUUUUGCCUGAUGUUGACUGUAGAAAUAUUAAAAUGCCUGGUCUAGACUUUGAGGGUCUUGGUGGCUUCAUACAAAAAAAAAACAUCUAGACUUGUAUCUAAAGCACAAUAUGCCUCGUUGUUCUUUCUAAGAUGAAUGCCAUGGCAUUGUGGGAGAUCAUGUGGGCGUGGUUGCCCAAGACAUUUAUGUCAAUUACAACAUUGACUGUGUGGAGUAAAGGCAUGACUCUGGAAUGCUGCCCUUGUUUUCUUGUCUUUGUGUGGUGUGGCUUUGAUAGUACAGCUGAGGACUGCAUUUCUGUGGCCGAACAACACAACGCUAAAGGUUUUUCUCCUGGCCUGACAUCCUAAAUCAACGGCCAUCCCCUUGCGGCGCUUCUCUGGAAAGGCACCUGUUUCUGCGGGGAGGGAACAGCAGUGAGGAAAGAAGACAGGAGAGGUGGUCAUUGUGAUAAAACACUGUCUAAGAGUGUGCUGAGCACUGGCUACCUGCAUGGGGUUGCGAGAAACAGCAGCAAACCGUGGACAGGCUGGAAAUACUGUAUGUUUGAAGGAAUGAUUGGAUUUCAGUAGCAUAUACCAGCACAAACUUAGAUGAUUGGUUGAUUGAGAGGAGAGAAAGAACAAGAGAGAUCACAAAAAGACUCAGAGAGGACCAAGAAAAAGAAGGCUGACAGAUGAAGUAGCAUGAGGAACGUGAGCUGAGCUACAAGUGUUGUGUGAGAGGACUACCUGUUGCUCCUUCUGAGACCCACCCGGAACCACCAGUACUGCUGUACAUCAAGCAAAGGAAGAGAAAAAGAAGUGAUCAAGUCUCUCUGUUAGAACAGGCAGGCAAGUUGCUACAUUGCCAAACAGGUGAAGUCAGCAAAGCAAGAUAGCGUAUAGACUGGACGAGGUGUCGUCAAGAUGAUGUCUGUGAGACUCUGUGAGCGUUGCCACUCCUUCUCUGAUGACUCUGAGGAGGCCAAUAGAAACCAUGCAGAUCCUGGACCAGAACCAGACCCUGAAGAACUGGACUGGGAUAGCUAUAGUACCACACUGGAGCACAGAUUAGCGACCGUGGGUAUCUCUGCCGGUGUUUGAAUACAGUGUGUUGGGUUUGAUCGCGACUGUUAGCUAGUGGAAAUCUUUAAAUCUCUGGUCAGAGUAUGAAUAGUAGCGACUUUCCUACACUUUAUGACAAGAUAGCUAUUUAACAUAAGUAGCUGAAGACAAAAUAAAUAAGCCAAGCUUUUCUAAAGGUGCCUUUAAACAACCAGCUCCUGCAGCAAGCCACGUAAAUACAUCUCAGACAGUAACGCUGAGAGACCCAAAUCAUAUCACCCAUACAUCCAACCCGAAAGUGAGGAAGUCAAGUGAUGCAUUACUGCCUAACACAGCUAGCUUUCUUCUAAUUUCCUUGGUACUAUACCCUAAAUAUUAUCCUGAAAAAUGAAACGGUUGCUUAAUAUCAGGUUUAUAAUACUUGUAGUGUGAACUGACAUGCUUGCCAACACCGGCAUAUGUCAAUAAAAGACAAUUCCACUAACAAAAAGGAAACUGUCUUAACUCUCUUAAACUGUCAUUUUAGCUGUUUUUCUUAAGGCUUGAUUUAAGACUUCUCUAUCCAAAGCAGCACUAUCCCUGGGCAGGCUCUUUUAAUACACCAACAUGAGUGGACUUGUGUCUGUGAUUUGCAUAUGUGUGAACACACCUGUGUGUACAGACUGACUGUACAUGGCCUUUGUGAACUCAAGCUGUGACUGAUCUCGUCCAGUAGCCACUAAAAAAGGUUCAAACUGCUUAGGAAAAGAAAGUUUCAAAAAAGGCAGGGACAGAGUACAAACCAAGCUCUUUUAUGGAAAUAAAUGCUGAUGGAAAUGUGGUCAGCUGAUAAUUUUAUAAAUAACCAGAUAUUUGGGUUUGCUGUUAGCACACUGCAAAUGCCUUGCCCAUGAUGACUGGUCCUUUAGGAAAGUAACAGUAAGUAGAGCAGGCUUUCACAGUCCUCUCACUCUUGUUAUGGAUAGCUGUUGUUUAAGUGACAUGCUUAUCAAGUCAGCACUAUGCAUCGCUGCGCUGCCUUUUAGGCUCUAAUACUGUACAUUAAUGCAAAUGCAGACUAACAAAGGCAUGGUUUCUACUGGCUUGAGGGAGGAGAAGUUUCAGCUUGUGGCAUAAUGGACGGAGCAGGAGAGCGCCCAGGCAUCUGAGCAGCGCUGCAUCCAUCUGGAGAAGGCCCGGCGUGAGAUGGAGCGGCAGCUGUCAGGCCUGUCAGAGCAUCUGGAAGAGGAGGAGGCCUGCUCAGCCCAGCUGGCCCUCCACAGGGACAGGCUGGAGGCUGCGUGCAGCAGCCUCAGACAAGACCUGGACCAAAUGGAGAGUGCCCUGACUUUGGCUGAGCAGGGCAAACAGUCAUCAGACCGUGAGGUGAGGAGGCUGUCGGAGCAGCUGUUUCAAAAGGAUGAGGUGGUGCAGAAGCUCCAGAAAGAGAAAGAGCAUCUGGUGGAGCUCAGUCAGCGUGCCAUUGAGGACCUGCAGAAUGAAGAGGAGAAAGUGAACCUGCUGACCAAAGAGAAAACCAAGCUACAGAUGCAAGCUGAAGAUUUGGAGUACCAGCUAGAACAGGAGCGCCGACAGCGUGGUGAGCAGGAGAGGAGCAGGAGGAGGCUGGAAGGUGACAGCAGAUCCACUCAGGAGACCCUGGGAGAGAUGGAGAAGAGGAGAAGUGGCCUGGAGGACCUGAUCAAAAGGAAGGAUCUGGAGAUCAGCAGUGCCUGCUCCAAGCUAGAAGCAGAAGAGGCCCUUAACACAGACCUGCAAAGGAAGAGCAAGGAGUUGCAGGCCCGCAUCGAGGAGCUGGAGGAGGAGCUGGAAGCAGAGCGGGCCAUCAGAGCCAAGGUGGAGAAGCAGAGAGCAGAUCUAACCAGAGAACGGGAUGAUCUCACUGACCGACUGGAGGAAGCUGGAGGGGUCACUGCCUCACAGAUGGAGGUGAAUAAGAAGCGGGAGGCCGAGCUGCAGCAUCUCAGGAGAGACCUGGAGGAGUCCUCUGCUCAAUCCGAAGCGCUGGCUGUUUCUUUGAGGAAAAAGCACAGCGAUGCUAUGGCAGAGCUGAGCGAGCAGUGUGAGGCUCUGCAGCGGGUCAGAGCCAAACUGGAGAAGGAGAAGCAGAGCCUGAUGGUGGACAUGGACGAGCUGGCUGCUUCACUGGAGAGUCUGCAGAAAGCCAAGACGUCCUCGGACGGCCAGAUGAAGAAGCUGGAGGAGCAGCUGUCUGAAGCCAACAGGAGAGGAGACGACCUGCAGAGGACACUCACUGAGCUCAGUGUAGCCAAGAACAGACUUACAGCUGAUAAUGCAGACAUGAUUCGACAGAUGGAGGAGGCAGAGAGCAGAGCCAGUCAGCUCACCCGCUCCAAAACUCUGCUCCAGACCCAGCUGGAGGAACUGAAGAAACAGCUGGAUGAGGAGGUCAAGUAUAAGCAGGCGGUCAGCAGCAGUCUGAGCUCAGUGCGGCAGGAGUGUGAGGCUCUGAAGGAGCAGCUGGAGGAAGAGCAGGAGAGCAAGCAGGAGCUGCAGCGCCUCAUCUCCAAACUCAACAGUGAGGUGACGCACUGGAGGGGCAAACAUGAGUCUGAUGCCAUCCAAUAUGCCGAUGAGCUGGAGGACACCAAGAAGAAGCUGGCGACCAGGCUCCAGGAGGCUGAGGAGGCCAUGGAAGCCACCCAGGCCAAAUGUUCUUCACUGGAGAAAACCAAACAGAGGCUGCAGGGAGAGGUGGAAGACCUCUGCAUGGACCUGGAUAAGGCCAGCAGCUGUGGUCAGGCUUUGGAUAAGAAGCAGCGGGUCCUGGAGAAACAGCUGGGAGACUGGAAGCAGAAGUGUGAGGAGCUGGUGGCCGAGGUGGAGGGUUGCCAGAAGGAGAGCAGGCAACAUGCCAGCGAGCUCUUUAAACUCAGGACAGCUCACGAAGAGUCGCUGGAGCAGUUGGAGGUUCUACAGAGGGAGAACAAGGCCUACCAGGAGGAGAUAGCUGACCUGACAGAACAGCUAUCAGAUGGUGGUAAGAGUGUCCAUGAGCUCCAGAAAGCAAAGAAGAAGAUUGAGAUGGAGAAAGAAGAGCUACAGGCCUCCCUGGAGGAAUCUGAGGCAGCUUUGGAGGCUGAGGAGACCAAGGUGAUGAGGCUGCAGCUGGAGUUGUCUCAGGCUAAAGGAGAUCUGGAGCGCAGACUGCAGGAGAAGGAGGAAGAGCUUGAAGCUACUAGAAAAAGCCACCAGAGAGCAUUAGAGUCCCUGCAGGCCAGUCUGGAUGUGGAGGUGAAAGGUAGAGCAGAGGGCCUGAAGCUGAAGAAGAAACUGGAGGGCGACAUCAACGAGCUGGAGCUGCAGGUGGACCUGCUCACAAAGAACAACACAGAGCUCAGCAAGAACAGCAAGAAGAUGCAACAGCAGAUCAAGGAGCUGCAGGCUCAGCUGGAGGAGGAGGUACGGAGCCACGGGGAGUGCAAGGAGGAGCAGGCAGCUGUGGAACGACGCUGCUCUCUGUUGGUCUGCGAGGGAGAGGAGAUUCGUGCAGCUUUUGAGAGUACGGAGAGGGCUCGAAAGGCCCUGGAGACUGAGCUGCAGGAGGUCAACGAGAAAUACAGUGACCUCAACAACCAGUUCCAGACAGCUCUGAGUGGGAGGAGGAAGCUGGAGGUGGAUCUCCAGACUCUGCAGCAAGAGCAUGAGGAGCUGCAAGGAGAGCUGAGGGGUUCCACAGACAAGGCCAAGAAGGCCAGCUGUGAGCUGGCACGAGUUGGGGAGGAGCUGCGUCUGGAGCAGGAGCACACGCUCCAUUUGGAGAGAGUGAAGAAAGGUCUGGAGGCUCAGAUCAAAGACAUGAGCAGUAGGCUGGACGAGGCCGAGCAAAUGGCUCUCAAAGGAGGCAAGAAGAUCAUCCAGAAGCUGGAGGGAAAGGUGAAGGAGCUGGAGCUGGAGCUGGACUCAGAGCAGAAGCGACAUGCUGAGACAGUGAAGACACUGCGGAAGAACGAGCGUCGGCUGAAGGAGCUGCUGUUCCAGUCAGAAGAGGACCAAAAGAACCAGCAGAGAAUGCAGGAGCUGGUGGAGCGGCUGCAGAACAAGAUGAAGGCCUAUAAGAGACAAGUGGAAGAGGCUGAGGAACAAGCUAAUAUGAACCUGGCCAAGUACAGGAAGACAGUCCAUGAGCUGGAUGAUGCCGAGGAGAGAGCAGACAUCGCAGAGUCAGCGCUCACCAAGAUCAGGACCAAGAACAGAGGCAGCUUUGGCAAGGGCUACUCCUCUGGAUACAGCACGCCAUACCCUGGCCUGGUCAGGUCACCCAGCUCUGCGGGCUCAGAGGGCAGAGGGGAGAAGCUGCUCAACGAUGACGAUGAGUCUGUCAGCUCCCUCAUCCCUGCCUAUCUCAACUCCCUCAAGAAGCUUAUGAUUGAUUAGAAAGAUAGCUGUGACACCAUUACUAGCCUCCAGUCCUACUGCUGGUGUUAGGGCCUGGACUUCAUGUACGCCAGAGGCCCUCAGAUGCAGCACUGGAUGGACAUGGUCAACACUCCACAGGAGCCGGUGAAGCUGUGGCACGGAUUGGGUAGAGCCAUUCAAGCAACCAAACAUGAUCAGAUCCACAGACACACACAGAGUCUGAAAUAAUAGAAAUAAAGUGCUAAUAAAUGUGUUCAUCAUUUGUAAAACGUAUCCAUCUGCUAAUAAA